CAUGUGGGGCCACAUGUUAAUGGUGUGAACGCACUGCACCCGGAGCUGGCCACUUGUGAUCGGAUCACAAAAAACACAUGUUGAUACCGGAUGUGUGCUUGUACUGGUGUUCUAGAUCCGACAGAAACACAGAACCGUGUGUAAUGGGGGACCAAGGGUGCCCAACAACAAAUGGAGCCCCUCAGCGAGGUUACUGAUGACUCCGGCCGUGGUGACAAACCCUUGACGUAACGCUUUCUCCAAGUUCAACGCGCCUCAGUGAAAUCUGGGACGUGAGAACUUGUUCCCAGGCGAGCGGACAGCGACUCCUCUGGAUCCAAACCUCCUCUUUGAAGAUCACAGCACAUUUCUCACACACUCCUUCCUCCAUGUGGCGCACGAGCAGCUGUUCUGCGCACAGUCACGCGGAAGUGAGCUGCGCGCGCACAGCGGAGCGGCGGAGGCCGACGCUGACCUACCGCGCAUGCGCCGUGCGGAUUUCGGGGAUGGGUCUAUCGAUGGAAUCAAGAUGGCGUCUCUGGCAAAAGCGCCAAUAAAUGUACUGAAGUAGAUGUUCCCAACUGACCGCGUUGGCGGCUUUUUUCAAGCCCCUCGGUGGGGUUCGUGAAAACAUGACGACCGGGAGCAUGCUUUGGAAGAGGAAUUGACCGGGUUCGAUACCGCAACAAAGUCAGCGAGAUGUGCGAGAGCUAUGCCCGCUCGCUGCUGCGUGUGUCGGUGGCGCAGAUCUGCCAGGCUCUGGGCUGGGAUGCCGUUCAGCUCACUGCGUGCGAUCUGCUGUCCGAUGUGCUGCAUCGGUAUCUCCAGCAGUUAGCCAGGGUCUGCCAUCGCUACUCCGAGCUCUAUGGAAGAACGGAUCCAGUCCUGGAUGAUGUGAGCCAGGCCUUCAGGCUGCUGGGCGUGAGUCUGAGUGAACUGGAGGACUAUGUCCACAACCUGGAGCCCGUGGCCUUCACCCAUCAAACACCACUCUUUCCUGUUAGCAAAAAUAACGUCCUCCAGUUUCCCCAGCCCGGAGCCCGAGAUGCGGAGGAAAGGAAGGACUACAUUCCAGAUCACAUGCCCCCCCUGGUCUCCUUACAAGAAGAAGAGGAAGAGGAGGAGGUCCUUGCAGACAUGGGCACCUCAGCCGAAGCUAUGCAGGUGGCACUGGAGGAGGAUGAUGAGGAAAUUGAAGAAGAUGAGGCCGUCAAUGAUGAGAACUACCCUCUGAAGAGGCACCUGGACAGCCCAGAUGCUGCGGUUGGCAUGAUGCCUACUUCCAAGAGACCACGGAUGUACCCUGGCCUCAGCCCAGAAUGGGGGGUUGAGCCCCGGGAGCCCCUCACGUCUCUCAAUCCACAACGUGUUCCCCCAGGCAUCCUGCCUUCUCAUGAUAGCCUUGAUCCCCUGUCACCCGAAACACCCUCUGGAGCCUUGCCCCCCUUCAGACCUCAGCCGGUAGUACCGAAACACUCUGAUCAAAAAGGCCUCACCACUCCAGGGAGAAAGCCUAAGGUCUCAUCCCCUGGCAGACAACGGACUAAGUCCCCUAAAGGGUCGAUUCCUGUUUCAGUGGGUGGUAGUCCCAUCCACUCUCCAAAACCGUCUAAGGAAAGAAAGAAAUCUCCGGGCAGGACGAAGAGUCCUAAAAGCCCCAAGAGCCCAAAAAUGGUUUCGGUCAAAGCAUCUCAACCCCCAAGCAAGACAGACGUUGUGCAUAAAUUACCGCUAUCUGCGCUGAGUGAGAGGAUGGGUAAGGAGAACAUCCAUAUGCGUCAGAACAUAGAGGACCGGGAGUUAGCCGAGGGCCCCUUUAAGAAACUAGAGCCUGAUAAUACAGCUAUCGAUGACUCAAUCGAUGCAGUGAUUGCCAGAGCGUGUGCCGAGCGGGAGCCAGAUCCUUUUGCCUUCUCAUCUGGUUCUGACUCAGACAGCAAUGGAUCCUCUAGCCCCAGGAGACUGACCAUUAUGGAGCCAUCGACACCUAAAGCCCUGAUUGGGGCCAGCAAUGCUAUUACAGACACGUCAACACCACUUCACCUACAGGCACAUGCAGGCCUAGGAAACUGGACAAUGGAUGAUUCAAUCAAUGAAGUGAUCCGAAAGGUCAACCAGGGGGGUCCGUCUGCACAGCCGCCAAACCAAGGAGUGUAUGUGUCGUCUGGGUCGGCCUCGCCACCCACUCCUGAACCUCUGCUCAAGGUGUUUGAGGAGAAGAACAAGAUUGUGUCAUCGGUAGAUGUCAAGAAAAAGCUGAAGAAGGAGCUCAAAACUAAAAUGAAGAAGAAGGAGAAAGACAAGCCGAAAGACAAAGACCGGGAAAAGGAUAAGGGCAAGGUAAAAGAGAAGAAUAAGGAUAAGAACAGGGAUAAAAACAAGGAGUUUUCCAAGGAGUCCAAGACGCCCUGGAAGGAGUUUGGAGUGAAGGAUGAGGAGCACUUCGUUCAGCGAGACUUUAGUCUGCCCGAGGUUUCCAUCAAGGUGAAAUCCAGAGAUGGAGAAGUUCCCAAGAAGGAGAAGGAAAAACACAAAGACAAAAAGAAGGAUAAAGAAAAAAGCAAAAAGGACAAAGACAAGAGGGAGAAGGGCAAAGACAGAAACAAGGAGGACAAACAGAAACAAUCUGCUUUAGCUCCUUUUGCUCUGGGUGAAGUCUUACCAUUGUUCAGCCCCUCCGCCUGCCUGCGCAUCCCCACCAUACUGCCUCCUCUGCCCCCGAUGCUCCAAGAGAAAGAUGUGAAGAGCAAAGAGAAGGACAAGAAAAAGGACAAGAAAGAGAAGAAGAAAAAGAAGGACAAGGAAAAGGAUAAGGAGCGAGAGAAGGCCAAAGAAAAGGAGAGGGAGAAAGAGGAGAAGAGGAAAGAAAAGGAGAGGGAAAAGGAGAAACGAGAAAAGGAGAAGGAGAAAGAGAGGAUUCGAUUGGAGAAGGUGAAAGUAGAAAUUCCAGCUGCUUUACCGUCUCCAGUCAUCCCCAGACUGACGCUCAGGGUGGGAGCAGGCCAGGACAAAAUGUGAGCAAUGAAUGAAUGAACGAAUGUUUGAUAUUUCUUACAUCACCUCUUCUCACCUGGUGUUCUCCUUUUACUUCUAAAAGCUGAAAGGCAGUCAGAGGAGUGUCACACCUCCCAAACCUUUUUGGUGUAGUCUGAAACAAUAACGUUAA